GGGGAGGAGCGGGGAGAAGCCGCACCGGAGCACCGGGAGGAGCCGGAGGAAAUCUGCUGGCGGCGCGUCAGGCGCCUCAGGGGACCCGUUUAAAAGGAAAGCAAAAGCCGCCGUGUGCACCCGCUGCCGGGAGAGAUACGGGAGAGGAGGGCACUGCACACCGGCACCCCUGCCUCUGCUGGGUGAGAUUGCGGGACCCUGCGCUCGGUUGUCCCCCUACAUGACCGUGUACCAAAGCAGCUACACAUAGUAAACAGAUUCAUCAUGCGACAGAGCGCAGGAAGCAUGUGCACCAACAUAGUCUACGAGUGGCUGAAGACCCUGCAGCUCCCCCAGUACGCGGAGUCCUUCGUCGAUAAUGGCUACGACGACCUGGAGGUCUGCAAGCAGAUCGGAGACCCGGACCUGGAUGCCAUCGGCGUUGCCGUGCCCCACCACCGGCGCCGGAUCCACGAAGCCGUGCGGCGGCUGAAGGAGGCGGACGAGACGGCGGCGGGGCUGUACUUCACCCUGGAGCCGCAGCCGCCGCCGCCGCCCCCGCGACCGGCGCCCCCCGCCGCCGGGCGCUGCCCCCGCCGGGUGGGGGGGCAGGAGGAAGCCCGGCGGGGGGUGGCCCCCCGGCACCGCCCCGGCGGGCGGCGGGGGGCGGCGGGCGGCGGAGGGCUGGCCGCCUACCCCAGGCUGAAGCUGAAGAUCAUGAUCCGUGACAAACUCAUCCGCGACGGCAUCAACCUGAGUAAAGCCCCCUACUCCAACAAGGAUGGGUCACUGGGAAAUAUUGAUGACCUGGCACAGCAGUAUGCAGACUACUAUAACACCUGCUUUACAGAUGUGUGUGAGAGGAUGGAAGAGCUGCGCAAACGGAGGGUUUCCCAAGACCUUGAUAUGGAGAAACCUGAUGCCAGCCCCACAUCUCUACAGCUGCGAUCCCAGAUUGAGGAGUCACUUGGUCUCAGCAGCACUGCAUCAACACCCGACACUGAAAGAAAGCUCUCCAUUCAUAAAUCAAGUUCAGAAGAAGGCUCUGUAGGGAAAGCAGACUGGAAAAAGAAAAAUAAAUUUUUUUGGCAGAAUUUCCGAAAGAACCAGAAAGGACUAAUAAGGCAGACUUCAAAAGGUGAGGAUGUAGGGUACGUGGCCAGUGAGAUCACGAUGAGUGAUGAGGAACGAAUCCAGCUGAUGAUGAUGGUGAAAGAGAAGAUGAUCACCAUUGAGGAAGCGCUUGCUAGGCUGAAAGAGUACGAAGCCCAGCACAGGCAGUCGAGUACUGUAGAUGCUACAGAAUGGCCUGAUGGUUCUUACUCAACAUUUGAUGGGUCUUCCAAUUGUAAUUCAAGAGAACAAUCCGAUGAUGAAACAGAGGAAACCGUGAAGUUUAAGAGGUUGCACAAGCUGGUGAAUUCUACUCGCAGAGUCAGGAAGAAACUCAUAAGAGUGGAAGAAAUGAAAAAACCCAGCACAGAAGGUGUUGAAGAACACUCACUUGACAACUCUCCUAUACUGGAUGACAGGUCGGCACUUUACUCUGGAGUUCACAAGAAGCAAUUCUACUUUGACGGCUCCUGCGAAAAGCAGCCAGAGGAUGACUCGGACUCACUUACUACUUCUCCCUCAUCCAGCAGUCUUGAUACAUGGGGAGCUAACCGGAAGCUGGUGAAGACCUUCAGCAAAACUGAUAGCCGUGGCCUUAUCAAGCCUCCCAAGAAACUCGGGACAUUUUUCUCUUACCCAGAAGAGGAGAAGACCCAGAAAGUUUGCCGCUCCUUGACAGAUGGGGAAAUGAAGAAGAGCCUCGGCUCACUGAGCCACGGGGUAAGUACAGAAAGCAUUUGCUUUUAUGACAGCAACAGGCACAAGCACCAUCUUCUGGUGUCCCUGGAGGAGAUUCAGAGUGUAAGGAAGCAGAUCCGAUUGAAGAAAAUGGAUACUAAUUAUUCCUGUUCCAGAGCUUUUCUUUGCCAGCGCCCUGCUAGGAAAGGAGCAUCCCCCACAACUUGCGACCUACAAUUACUGCGGCACAAAACGAAAGGGGGUGGAGGUUGUGGCUUCCCAAACAGAAGGCUACGAGGGCGCACUUCUGUCAGCGAAUUCAAUAUCACCUAUGUGGUGGAGAGAAGCCUGUACAGUCACCUCAACCUCUCACAGCUGGUGCGUCCCGUUACUGACAGGACCCUGAGCAAGGCCGACAAGCAGGACCUGAGGAGAUGCCUGCUGGAGGAGGAUGAGGAGGCCAAGAGGAAGUGGGCUGCUACAGUGGAUCGCUGUACUAAAAGGGUUCUCUUGAGAAUCCACCAAAAGUCUAGAACCUGUAGCUUUGGAGGAUUUGACUUGACAAAUCGUUCCCUUCAUAUUGGAAACAGUUCUGACCAAAUGGGCAAAGAAGGAGACUUUGUUUAUAAAGAAGUGAUCAAAUCACCCUCUGCUUCCCGUAUAUCUCUGGGCAAAAAGGUGAAGUCUGUGAAAGAAACCAUGAAGAAAAGGAUGUCUAAAAAAUACAGCAGCUCUCUGUCUGAGCAGGAGUCCAGCCCUGGGGUCAUGCCGGGCUCUCCGCAGUCGCCGCCGCCAGACUCUGACUCCCUGGACAAACCCAAGCUGAAAGCCGGGGGCUCAGUAGAGAGCCUGAGGAGUUCCUUAAGCGGUCAGAGCUCAAUGAGUGGUCAGACAGUGAGCACAACAGAUUCCUCAACCAGCAACAGGGAGAGCGUGAAAUCAGAAGAUGGUGAUGAUGAAGAGCCUCCUUACAGAGGACCUUUUUGUGGAAGAGCCAGGGUUCACACUGAUUUUACCCCAAGUCCUUAUGAUACAGACUCUCUGAAGCUCAAGAAAGGUGACAUUAUUGAUAUAAUCAGCAAACCCCCCAUGGGCACUUGGAUGGGCCUGUUGAACAACAAAGUUGGCACUUUCAAAUUUAUCUAUGUGGACGUGUUAAAUGAAGAGGAAGAGAAGCCGAAGCGACCCACCAGGAGACGCCGGAAAAGCAGACCGCCCCAGCCCAAGUCAGUUGAGGAUCUCUUGGAUCGCAUCAACUUAAAGGAACACAUGCCCACUUUUUUGUUCAAUGGUUAUGAAGAUCUGGAUACCUUUAAGCUUUUAGAAGAGGAGGAUUUGGAUGAACUGAACAUCCGAGAUCCUGAGCACAGAGCUGUUCUCCUCACAGCAGUGGAACUUCUACAGGAGUAUGAUAGUAACAGCGACCAGUCAGGAUCUCAGGAGAAACUUCUCAUUGAAGGCCAAGGCCUAACUGGAUGCUCUCCUCGGGAUUCUGGCUGCUACGAAAGCAGUGAAAACCUGGAAAAUGGUAAAACUCGAAGGACCUGUCUUCUGCCCUCAAAAUCAGCAAGUGAGCAUAGUUUUAAGGACUUCAGCAGAAACCAGCUAUCAAAUUAUCCUACACUUCCACUGACCAAGUCAAUAGAAACUCUACAGCAAGGGGAAAAAGAAAGCCAUUUGAGUUGUGCGCAUCGUGCUCUGAAGUGCUCUGUCAAACCUCCAGCUGUUACGGGUCUGAAGAACCGUAGAAGUUUACCGGUUGCUGUCUGUCGGAGCUAUGAAACUCUGGAUGGCCCCCAAGGGGUAGACCCAUGGCCAAGAUCCCACUCGCUGGAUGAUCUCCAGGGAGAAUCCAAUACAAACCUACAGGACACUAGCAAGAAAGUAGGUUCUUUUCCUCAGGAUUCGCUGGAUAUAGCAAAAAAGGCAACUGGCUCUGCCCUGCCGCUUCAGUCUCAUGGAGGCGGCUGUAUGGUAGAUGACUUGAUGCCUAAGCAGGGUAAAGGAGCUGCUAGUUCUCAGAAGGGAAGAGCUAAGGAAUUGGACUGCUCUGUAAUGGAGACUGCAGGUGGAAAGCCUGCUUCAUUCCCCUUGAAAAACUGUGAAGCUCAGCCUGCCUUAGUGACGCAUCUUGCAACAAGGAUGCCUCUGGAAAUAAAAAGUAAAGGCUUUCAUGACCUUGCGCGAGCUGAUUAUGCUCCAGUCCUCAAGGGAGGUCUAGAAGCUGAGCAAAAAGGCACAAAUGAGGGGAGAAUGCAACCAAAAAAUCCUGCUCAGCCGCCACCUGUCCCUGCCAAAAAAUGCCGAGAACGCCUUUCUAAUGGAUUAUAUCAUCCUCCCAUGACCGCAAGUGGGAACCACUCAAGUCUAGAAGCACCGUGUUUGCCAGUAAAAAAGACCAGCUCAUCCACUCCCAUUGAUUGUCAUGGAGUACCUGUCCAUAGGAUAUCUUCUGAACAGGAGCCCAGUACCCCUCCUAGCCCACUGCCACCCUGGCUGUCGGAGCUCCCAGAGACUGCUAGUGUUCAGCAGCACGUGAUAAAGCUGGGUCCUGCUUCAGCAAGGAAAGUCUCUUGCAGCAGGGGAAUGGAUCUGGAAAUGGUAAUAGAAAACAAGUUGCAGUCUGAAGACAUUGAUCUUACUGAAGAACCGUACUCUGACAAGCAUGGUCGCUGUGGCAUUCCUGAGGCUUUGGUACAGAGGUACUCCGAAGACUUAGACCAGCCUGAAAAGGAUGUUGCUACAAAUAUGGACCAAAUCCGGGUAAAGCAGUUGAGGAAGCAGCAUCGCAUGGCAAUUCCAAGUGGAGGGCUCACUGAAAUUUGCCGAAAACCUGUAUCCCCAGGACUUAUCACCUCUGUAUCUGACUGGCUGAUUUCCAUUGGUCUACCUAUGUAUUCCAGACUGCUCACAGAAGCAGGAUUCAACACACUGAGCAAAGUGCCUUCUCUGUCACAAACUUGCCUUCAAGAAGCUGGCAUCACAGAGGAGAGACACAUAAGCAAGCUCCUGGCAGCGGCAAGACUCUUCAAAUCUCUUGAUCCAGAGGCAAUAUAACAUUCUCCAUAGUGUGGCAUUGCCUGGUCGAGAAUCCACUGCUUCUUCCUGCACCAAUAUUGCUCUAAUUACUUCACAUAGCUAAAGGGAUCAAGGAAGUGGCUCCCAAGGACAGGCAGAUAUCUUCUUCAAAGGAUAUGAAAUGUUUCUGUUGCUGUCUUUGGCAACUGAAGGAGAAGAGAAGCAACCACCAGGUAACAUAGAUGUGGUACUUCCCUCCCCCCUCACUCCCCUGUAAAGUAUUCUUAUUUCAUAAAGUGCACAGGGUUGGCCUGAGAAUCAGACAGCUUCACAGAAUUAAGGGACCCUUGCACAUUUUCCUCAAGUUUGUGAAAGUAAUACUAGUAAUAGGCCCCAUUUCUGUGGAGAGCUCCAUAGGUUGGGGGUCUUCCGUACAUCUAGGUUCCAGGUACCUGGAGUCAGUCCUGAAGACCAGGUACAAGCCAAGAUGCAAAUUCAGUAGAAGCUGUUUGGCAAAUGCCUUUUGUUUAUUUUAGCAGUCUAGAGCUAAACACACACACACCCCCGCCCCUGGUCAUCUUUGCUGUUGCUUGGUAUAGGUCCCAAUACACCACAAAGCCUUUAGCUAGGCCAAAGUUAAUGGACUGGAAUUAGAUUUCAUUAUGGUCCAUACUGUCACUCCAAUGCAACUAACCCACGGAGAGUCAGAAAACUUUUUAUUUGUACAGAGCUGAGGUCAUUUUUAUAACUGCUUUCUAGCAAUCAGCUUUUUAUUUGCCUUAAAAUGAGCUUUUAAGCAGUUACCUAGUGUUCACUUACCUGUAUUCAUGUUUCUCAAGCCUUGUUUCAACCUUUCGCCCUUAGGCUGCACUUAGGGUGAUUUCCAGCUGAAGUUGCUUCUAUAAAAUGCCUCAUCAUAACACCUUCUGUUCUGUAGAGAUGCUUUUAUAAAUGCAGGGUUAUGCUAGGUUUCGGUUGUCAGGAUAACUUCUUGUUCACUACAGUCUGCAUUUACUGUUGUUACUAAACUGUUCCAAGAUAUACUGCCUUGUAUAUAUGUAACUGCUUCAUUUUAAUCAUAUUCUGUGUACUGUGUUAUAUUGUCAAUCAUUAUGCUGCAGCUUUGACUUGGUAUCCUGACCAUAUUGAUUCCAAACAGUGGGUUUCUGCAAAUGAAAAUUCACUUGUGGGAGAUAAAAUGCAUCGAAAAAGCAAACUGUGUCCCACAGAAAUCAUCAGAUCCGUUAACUCCAUUGCAUGGAUGAAAAAAAAUCCUAUAUAGUCUUACGAAUUACACUGUGAUUUUAAAACAGUUGAUAUCCCUCAUGACUGUAUGUUAAUGUUACCUCUCACUGGAAGAGAGCAUUGUUCCGGCAUAUGUGGCGAACCAUUUUUCCAUGAUGUAAUGAUAUUUUUCUGCCUAAAUCCAUGUAAAACAUUCCAUUCGCAUAUGUGGCUAAUGACAGAUUUUAUUUUUCUAUAUGGGUACACGUUUUAUAUACCAAAUACAGAUUAUCAUGAAUAGCACAUAACU